AUGCCCAAUAAACGUCCUACGGGCGGUCGCAGCAUUUUCAGAAACACUGAACGUCUACCAUCCCGGAACGUUGCCUCAGAAGGGAAGUACCCACGAGCGGUCGAAGACGACGACCGCACACUUGUGGACGGACAGUAUUCGGAUAUUGUGUACAUUCGCGCGUUAGACGACGAUGACUUGGAUCUCUAUGUCCGUACAGAGGAAGACGAAGAUAUGGAAGCGCGUUAUUUCGAUGACGAGGAUCUCUAUUACGCGCGGUUUGAAGACGUGGAAGAGGAUGAGGAUGAUGAGGUGAAGACGCGGUAUUUUGACGCGGAGGAUCUUUAUGAGCAGGAAGAAGAAGAGGGGUCAGAUGAUAGAGACCUGGACGAAGAGCUGUAUGAAAGGGACGACGAUGAGAUUACCCUCCGAGAUGAGAUAGAUAAGCUCGACGCGCGCAUGGAGGAAAUUGAGGAACUCUUGGCAAGCAUGGCGGAGCGCACCUCGAAGGCGGCUGAGCCAGAAGCUCGCUUGUGCUCUUUCGGGUCUUGUAAUCGACGACCACGUCUUAAAAGCCCUCUAUUUAUCAGACUUCGGGAUAACCUCGAACAGCAGAUGCUAUCGAAGACUAUUGAAUUCGGGGACGAUUUGUUUUUUUGA